AUGUGGAGAAGCCUACAUUCAAGACCUCUACGCCUCUACCACCAAAUCCUGUACCAGAAUCGGCAGAUGGCGGAACAAAACACUCAGAUGAUGCAGAUAAUGGAACGUUUCGGUAUUCAAGAAAACGUUUCCCAUCGGCCCACGGACAGUCCGGAAUUCAUCAUCGAAUCCCUGGCUUCCUACAUCCGGGAGUUCGUGUACGACCCGGAGAAUGGUUUCGUUUUUGGCCGUUGGCACAGGAACCACCUUCGUGACUACACAUUCGAGGAUACGGUGAAGAAACUGAAGGAACUUUUCGGUAGGCGGAUCUCGUUGUUCAGCAAGCGCUACCUGUGUUUCCAGUUGACCAAGAACGACGCCGACGAUUUCCUGACGUACGCUGGAACGGUCAAUAGGACGCCGUCAUCCGGACGGAGACUGCUUACCAAGCUCGAGGGAAAUGCGGAAGGCGAAUGCACUCUGAAAUCGCUCAUCACUGAGUGCCAACGCCUCCAAAACCGCAAACACGACACUGCCUUGGUGGAGCAGAAGAAAUCGUGUGGCGGAGUGAACUACGUCCGCGACUGCAGCUACAUGAAGCACGUUUGUCGGGACUGCAAGCAAACCGGCCACAAAGAGGGGUACUAUAGCUGCUACUCAUCCAAGGCUGCAGGUAAGAAGAAGACGAACGUGAACGGUGUUUUCAGCAUCAACCAGAAAGAUGGCUCCUCUAACCGAAAGUUCCUGACAGUGGACAUCGACGGAUCGAAAGCCACCCUGCAGUUGGACACUGCGUCAGACAUGACGGUCAUCUCGAAGAAGCACUCAAUCAACCUGUUCGGUCUGGACUGGAUCGAGCUAUUCGGUCUAUGGGACACCCCGUUAUCAACGAUUUGCAACCAGGUCCACGUUCCUGCUCCAACCGAUCAGAUUCAACGGUACAAAGCAGCGUCGUUUCCUGAUGUGUUCAAGCCCGACCUCGGACACUGCUAG